UCCAUAAGGAAAUCAUUUAACUUAGUUACGAAUAUUGUUAGCUAAAGGGAUGUCUACAUCAAUGCAGCCCAGCAAGUAUACCGGCCUGGUGGCCGACCUGAUGCCGAACAUACUGACGAUGAGAUACACUGGAUUAUUUAUGCAUAACUUUACUGGAGGCAGCGUGUUCAUGAAAAGAAUCUUCUCAUCGGUGCAUUUGGUAAUUAUUGUGCUGCAGUUUUGUUUCAUACUGGUGAAUAUGGCACUGAAUGCGGAGGAGGUCAAUGAGCUGUCCGGCAACACAAUUACUACUCUGUUCUUUACGCAUUGCAUUGUCAAGUUUGUCUACCUGGCCAUCAAUCAGAAGAACUUUUACAGAACCUUAAACAUUUGGAAUCAGGCUAAUUCACAUUCAUUAUUCGCCGAGUCAGAUGCACGAUAUCAUUCAAUAUCCUUGGCCAAAAUGCGUAAACUCUUCUUUCUGGUCAUGCUAACAACUGUCGCCUCGGCUACAGCCUGGAUAACAAUUACGUUCUUUGGGGAAAGCGUCAAGUUUGCGAUGGAUAAGGAGACGAACUCCACGAUUACCGUUCCAAUACCCAGAUUGCCGAUAAAAGCAUUCUAUCCAUGGGAUUCGAGCCAUGGCAUGUUCUAUAUGAUUAGCUUCGUGCUGCAGAUUUACUACGUACUCUUCUCCAUGAUGCAUUCGAAUUUAUGUGAUGUGAUGUUCUGCUCCUGGUUGAUAUUUGCUUGCGAGCAGCUGCAACAUCUGAAGGGCAUUAUGAAACCGUUAAUGGAACUAUCAGCCUCGCUGGACACCUACAGACCCAAUUCGGCUGCAUUGUUUCGUUCACUUUCGGCCAAUUCCAAGUCGGAGCUCAUACAUAAUGAGGAGAAGGAAGUGGACAUGGAUAUGACCGGCAUCUACAGCACCAAAGCAGAUUGGGGUGCACAAUUUCGAGCACCAUCAACAUUGCAAUCCUUCAAUCCGGCAGCAAAUGGCAAUGGCAUGGCCUCUAAUCCCAAUGGGCUCAGCAAAAAACAGGAAAUGAUGGUUCGCAGCGCCAUCAAGUAUUGGGUGGAGCGGCACAAGCACGUCGUCCGGUUGGUCGCUGCCAUUGGGGAUACAUACGGUGCUGCUCUACUGUUGCAUAUGCUUGUUUCGACCAUAAUGCUGACACUACUCGCCUAUCAGGCAACAAAAAUCAAUGGGGUUAAUGUAUAUGCAUUUACGGUAAUUGGAUAUUUGGGCUAUGCACUGGCGCAGGUGUUUCACUUUUGCAUUUUUGGCAACCGUCUGAUUGAAGAGAGCUCAUCUGUCAUGGAGGCGGCCUACUCCUGUCACUGGUACGAUGGCUCUGAGGAGGCCAAAACUUUUGUGCAGAUCGUUUGCCAACAGUGUCAAAAGGCAAUGAGUAUAUCAGGUGCUAAAUUCUUCACUGUCUCGCUGGAUUUGUUUGCCUCCGUGCUCGGUGCUGUUGUCACUUAUUUCAUGGUGCUGGUGCAGCUCAAGUGAACAAAAAGAACAACAACAAAGUUGAUAUAUUGUAUUGCUUGUUGUCCGUACCAACAAAUUGUGUCAAAGUUUAUGUUUUAUGAUAGCCACUGAGCAGUCAGCAGUCACAGAUUCCUUUAAAUUGUGGAAACAGUAACCAGAUUCAAAUAUUUAAUUGUUAUCGUAUAUCAACAGCAAUUUUGUACUAGUUUACAAGCACAUAAAUACAUAUAUAUAUUUUAUUGAUUUGUUCACCUGAAUAUCUUCUCAAAUGUAAUGCUUUGAUUGUAAACGCAAUACGCAAAAACCAAUAAAUGUGUAGUACAAACUCUAA